GCGUAUUAUCUUCUUCACCGCCAUGCAAAUAAGAUCUAGCUGGCAACAUUUUAUAAUUUUCUUUCUUCAUCCUCCCUGCAAAUCAAAUCCUUCUUUUAUUAAUAAUUCUUCGUUCUCCUUGCAAAUCAGAACCUCUUUGAUGCUUCGUGUUUUUCCGUCUCAGGCUUCAUCUGGUUUCUUCGUUUAAGAUAUAGACGGUCUCUUCAUCUCCCAUCUGUAAAGAUCGAAGCCGUCCCAGAUCGAGACGGUUGCUUCGUCUCAGAUUGAGACAGUAACUUCUUCUUGGAUCGAAGCAUUCUCGAACCUCAGAAGAUGAAUUCGGAGGUUGGGUUGCGGCUACUUCUUUGCCCACUUGGUUCUAACAUUGUUGUCCGAACAGCAAGCUGUUCUAUUGGUGUUGUUUUACCUGUUUAUUCUACAUUUAAGGCAAUUGAACGAAGGGAUCAAGAGGAGCAAAAAAAAUGGCUUAUGUACUGGGCAGCUUAUGGAUCUUUUAGCAUGGUAGAAUUGUUCACAGAUAAACUUCUUAACUGGUUUCCACUAUACUAUCAUACGAAGUUUGCAUUUCUUGUUUGGCUUCAACUUCCAUCUAUUGAUGGUGCAAAGCAAGUGUAUAUGAAUCAUCUUCGGCCUUUCCUCUUGGGCCAUCAGGCUAAGCUUGACCAAAUUGUUGGAUUUGUAUACGGUGAAAUGUCUAGGUUUGUCAGUCAGCAUCUGGAGGAAGUCAUGUUUGUGAAGACAAUUCUAAUGAAGAUUUUAGCUUCUGGCGAAGAUAACACUCGCCCAGAACAAAGGCAAGCUAGUGCUGCAAUUGAAGGACCAAAUACGGAGGAUGAUUCAGAAUCUGAGUAUGAUGAUUGAGUAAAGAGUUCUCAAUCAAACGAAGCCAAGUAGUUCGUGUUUUUUUAUUUUUUUUUGAAAAAAUUGUAGAGGAAACUGAAUGGAUAGAUGCAGCAGCACUUUCUCAACUGAGGUGAAUAAUGAUUCACUUGCAAAGUGCAGGGAUCCUUUGGAUGUGAUGAUCUGUUCUUCUAUGUUCUACCCAAGACCCAACCAUAUGUGUUUCUACUAGUCCUGCAAUUGAAUUGAAGGACCAAAUAGGGAGAUCAUUCAGAAUCCGAGGAUGAUGAUUGAGUAAAGAGUUCUCAAUCAAACUAGUUCAUGUUUUUGUUUUGUUUUGUUUUGUUUUGUUUUUUUGAAAAAAUUGUACAGCAAACUGAAUGGAUAGGUGCAGCACUUUCUCCAGCUAAGGUGAAUAAUGAUUCAGUUCAAAGUGCAGGGAUCCUUUGAAUGUGAUGAUCUGUUCUUCUAUGUUGUACCCAGUGGCCAUAUGUGUUUCUACUAGUUUAUUUUGCCAUGCAAAAUUAGGUAUAGUUUCCUUCCAUGUAAAAUUGUAAAUUUCCCUUACUUUACUACGAAAAAGCAAUCAAUAUAAAUAUUUAAUUUUGGAUUGUAUUA